AUGAUCGUCUAUCAAAGAAUUCCAACAGAUUUGAUCAUUAUACUGAUUCAUACUGUUUUUCAUGGAUCAUUUGAACAAUCCACAAAAUUGUGUGGAAAUAAUUCAUCGAACUGUGUUAAUGGUCACUGCAUUAAUGGAACGUGUGUAUGUAUUACAUGUUGGAUCGGGAAAACCUGUGAAGAACGAGUACAUAGAAUUCCAAAAUUCACUCAGACAGUAUUCACCUUCGAAACCAAGUUUUCUAACUGGAUCAAUGGAAGUCUGAUUGGUAGUCUUUCUCUGAGUGAUGAAAACUCCUCCUUAGCAUCAUGUGGAAGUGUUCAAUUUAACAUUGUACCUGGUUCAAACUACUUACCAGUAGCUAUCGAUGGAACAACUGGUAUUUUGAAGGUAAUUGAAAGUGAUUAUGAAACAAUGAAGAAUAAUCACACCAUCACUUUUCAAGUGACAGUUAGGAAUGCAAAUACUUCACUAAAUAUAUCUGAUAAUGCAACGGUCAACAUUUUAAUUGAUAAAAAUUAUUCUGAAGAAGAAACAGGAAGUGAAAUCACUGCAGUCAAGAGGGGCGUCAUACUUCCACCGAAUACUAUCAAUGUCACAUUUUCCAGAGUAUACAUCCAAGAUAAUCCAAAUUAUUGUCUAUUCGAUACAUGGUUUAUUGAUUCGGUAAUUUUCCUUCCACCUGGAAAUAAUAGUUUGAUCAUGAAAUUUUCUGGUCCGUCUCUAAAUAAUGUCUAUUACGGAUAUAUACAAUAUUUGUUUGCUUACUACAACGGUUCAAAUAUAGUAAAUAAUUAUCCUGUGAAGUUUAGUAAUCUCACAUACUUGAACAAUUAUUCCUCGUCUUCGGAGUUCACAAUGACAAGUCAGAUAAGUGUUUCAUCCGCUCCUGCCAAUGAUUCAAAUGACUUCAGUACUAGGAUGCGAUUCCAAGUUGGUCUUUUUCCUCAAAUGUCGAUUCCACCAAUAGGUACCAAUUUAACAGUCAGAAUGGAGGCAUUGUUGACUCCAAAGAUUAUCGUAGAUAUUCCCAUGAGUGUUUCCUCGAACUGUCCGAUUCAAUAUGAUUCAGUUAACUUUACCAAGUGCCCACCGAUAGUGGAAGUAGGUGGGGUUUAUGAAUAUUCUGUGGACUACUUUAUAAGCAGACCCAUUGGCGAUUAUGUGGCUGGGAAAAGUAACUUGACAUUAAAGGACAUCUCAGUAGUGAAUCAAGCUGAAAAGUUGCAAUUCUUUAAUGUUGAACUGAGUGUUCCACCUUAUGCAACAGCGACUUAUACUAUCCUGAUAACUAUUACUGGUAAACUAAAGACGGAACCAUGUUCCGUGGAUUACUUGUUAACAGAAAAUAAUUCAACUAAGAACAUCAGGCUAAUAACAGAAUACACUGUAUUUCAAGGGCGAAGAACAACAGGCACAACGACAAUUGGUAUAUUCAGAAACAAUGGCCCAUGGAAUAUUAAUUACAAUUUUCGAAUCGGAUUAAAAUUAUUUUACGAUGCCAGCUAUACCUUGGGUGAUACAAUGCAAGUGCAGCUUCAGAUGUUUAGUAUUGUACUAAAUGUAUGUUCUUUUGUUGUAACGCUUCCAAUAACGUCUAUGGAGCAACCCAUAACCACUACUCCUGUCUCUAAAACUCCUGUAGUUACUAUUGAAAAAGUCGAACCACGAAAUUCACAACCAACAGUAAACUUUAGUACAAUUGUAGAAGUUCGAGUGAAAUUCGUUAAAGACUUUGUCUACAUGCCGAUAACUUUUCAACUACAAGUAAAUUCAAAUGAAGCAAUUAUAAUCAGACAGAGUAUUCAAACAAUUGGAUAUCUAUUAAAAGCUGUAGCACUUGUGGGCUAUGAUUUUUCUGUUAAACCUAAUUUGGCUACAUUGCAAAUAAAUUCAGUGUAUUUCAAUGAAUCAUGUACAGAUGCUCAGUGUGAUAUUGCAAUGCGUUAUUCGAUAAUUCCAAUCACCACAAAGCCUUUGAUAAUCACAUCAACAUUUACCUCUGGUGUAUCCAGUUUUACGAAAACGUUAACUAUUACUCCACGAGCUAACUACUCUACUGUGUUGUCAUCAAGUCAGGCUCCAGGAGUUGAUCUAAUUUCUAUUGAUUCAAAAACAGUCAAAAAUCAAGUUAUACCGAACUAUUUAACAUCACUGAAGUUAACGCUAACUCUGAAACCCAAUGUAUGGCAGUCGAUAUAUUUUCAACUUUAUGCUCCAGGUGCCUACCAAGAAUACAUAUUUGUCAAGCCAAUAAUGCUAAGCCAAUCAACAUCAUUGCCAUAUGUCAACUCAGUUUCGGACUCUUUGGAAAAUAUGGUUUAUAUCAGUAUAGAUAAAGCUUAUUACGAAGGAAUUACAACCGAUCAAACGACUUCGGCAGCAAAUCAGUUGACUUACUAUAUCCCAAUGUUCACUGCGAAUUCUGUCAGACCACUGGUCAAUUUCACUUACAAUCUGACAGUCAAUUCAAUCUCUAUAUUUGGGAGCUUCAUAUUUAUUACCACUACUCCAGCAGCAUUUACUACAACUCUUACAAAUACUUGGACUUUAAUUUCUCCAAGUGCCACUGAUGUAUAUAAACAAAUGUGUACUGGAGGACCGUUUGAGUUUAAUUUCAAUAUGUGUCCGGUUGAAAGACGUUGUUCAUUCUUUACGUAUUGGAUCAACAGAAUUGUGAAUGGUGUUGCAGCUCUUAAUGUCACAAAUGUAGUUGUAUCUAAAAGUGGUUCAGAUGUGCGGUUCUCAACCUCAUUCUCUAUAAAUUUGACAUCUGAACGUAGGUUAGUUUAA